CCGAAUGGCCAUGCUGCGUGCAGGCCCGGCUCAUGGCGCUCGCCCCACCCCUAAUCCGCUCGUGCGCGCUUCGGCCUCAACCUCGAGCCCAUGGCGGCGCAUCACAAGCAUGCUAUCCAUUUCCUCGAUUACCAGGUGCAAGUCCAACGAUCGUUCGUUAUCCCUUCGUCAUCCCCUGCCUCGCUGCUGCCUUUCUCUCCGCGGCAGUUGCAAACCGUACCUGGCCAUGCCCCGAGAGUACGAGGAGGUUUUGCGUUGUUUGUCCUCCCUCAUCACCAAACGCACUCGAGGCGAUGGCGCCAACAGGGGCGACCAGUUCGAUCUGAUGUUCGACUAUUUGAAGAUUUUGGAUUUGGAAGACGCGAUUUCUCGGCUCAAGGUUAUCCAUGUAGCUGGGACCAAAGGAAAGGGUUCCACGUGCACGUUUACGGAAUCAAUCCUCAGGUCUUGUGGAUUCCGUACUGGACUGUUUACUUCGCCUCACUUGAUCGAUAUACGGGAGCGGUUUCGACUUGAUGGAGUAGAAAUUUGUGAAGAUAAGUUUUUGGACAAUUUUUGGUGGUGUUGGAAUAGAUUAAAGGAGAAAACUGGUGAUCAUUUACAAAUGCCAUCUUAUUUCCGCUUCCUUACACUUCUAGCAUUUAAGAUAUUUUCAGCAGAACAGGUUGAAGUUGCUAUUAUGGAAGUUGGUUUAGGAGGAAAAUAUGAUGCAACUAAUGUGGUGCGGGAGCCAAUUGUUUGUGGCAUAACCUCCUUGGGUUAUGACCAUAUGGAAAUCCUUGGAAAUACACUGGGCAAAAUUGCAGGAGAGAAAGCUGGUAUCUUCAAGAAAGGAGUGCCUGCAUAUACUGCACCGCAGCCAGAAGAAGCAAUGACAGUGCUGGUAGAUAAGGCUUCUCGAUUAAGUAUUUCACUUCAAGUAGUUUCACCUUUAGACCCUGGACAACUUGGAACUCAACAUCUUGGACUAAAUGGGGAGCACCAAUAUAUAAACGCUAGUCUUGCUAUUGCCUUGUCCAGUACAUGGCUUAAAACAACUGGAAAUUCAAAAGGCAUAAACUUAGACCAAGAUAAUUUACCUGAACAGUUUAUCAGAGGCUUAUCAAGGGCCAGUUUAGAGGGGCGAGCACAGAUUGUUCCUGAUUCAUUUGCACAACAGCUAAACUCCAAUAUUGGAGACUUGACUUUCUUCCUUGAUGGAGCACAUAGCCCAGAAAGUUUGGAGAUGUGUGCAAAAUGGUUUUCUCAUGUUAUAAGAGUUGACAGUUUAAACUCGGAGAACCAAGCUCUUAAGAACAAUUACAUCAGAAAAGGAGGUCACCCUAAUUCACUGGGAAAGGAGUAUUUACCUAUACUUCUAUUCAACUGCAUGUCAGUUCGAGACCCACAGCUCUUGCUUCCACGUCUGGUCAAUACUUGUUCACACCUUGGAGUGAAAUUCCAUAAGGCUCUUUUUGUGCCAAACCAAUCAGUAUACAACAAAGUAAGUUUUGAUGCAGCAGCACCACCAGCUGAUGCCCAUCAAAGUGAUCUGUCAUGGCAACUGACACUACAGAGGGUAUGGGAAAACCUAGUUCGAAGCGAACAAGACCCAGGUGAGACUAGUGAAUAUGGUGGCAGUUUAGUAUUUCCUUCUCUCCCAUUGGCCAUAAAGUGGCUCAGAGAAAGUGCUCUUCAAAAUAGAUCUACUCAAUUUCAGGUUCUAGUAACAGGAUCCUUGCACCUCGUGGGUGAUGUCCUGAGAUUAAUCAGGAAAUGAUACUUAGUCGAUUCAAUUAAUUUGCUGCACCAUAUUCAUAAGGUUCACUGGUUAUUUGUUUUUCUAGCGACUCGAGCAAUAGGUAUUCAAUUUAUGGCAUUCUUCCAUCAUCUUUUAUUGAAACCCUCUGAACUUUAGGAGGAGAUUGGCAACUAGUUUUGAAUUAUUCUCACUUGUUAAAAUUCUUGUUCCACAGCCUGAAAAGACAGCAAUGAAGAUAUGAUUCAUUCUUGAAACUUUAUAAAGAAGUGUGUACCAUAAACGAGUUGUAACAUUGUUUCAUUGUUCCAAAAUAAAUGUGUUUUCUGUAAAAUAUUUUGACAGAAACUUUUACAAUGAAAAGUUUCGUAGGAAAAAAAAAUUAUAGUCAUUGUCACUUCCUGUUUUCCCGGAAGCCCUAUCCUAAAUCCAAGAACCAUGUAAAGCCAUGAAUAUUCUCCAAGAUGAUCAGUAAUUGAAGUUGUUGAAGAGGUCGAACGCAUCCUGCCAUUGAUGGUAAUCUAGCUCCAGCCAUGCCGACUCGGGGUCAAUGGAAGACAAUGGUACCGCAGCUGAGUCUUCCUCCGUCAGUUCUGGCCAUGGCAAUGCAGCUAAGUCUUCCUUCGUCAGUUCUGGCUCAACCUCAGUUAAGUCUUCCUCCGACAGUUCCAGCAAUGGCAAUGCAGCCUCAGCUAAGUCUUCCUCCGACGGUUCCGGCCAUGGCCAUGGCAAUGGCAAUGCAGCCUCAGCUAAGUCUUCCUCCAACGGUUCCGGCCAUGGCCAUGGCAAUGGCAAUGGCAAUGCAGCCUCAGCUAAGUCUUCCUCCAACGGUUCCGGCCAUGGCCAUGGCAAUGGCAAUGCAGCCUCAGCUAAGCCUUCCUCCAACGGUUCCUCCGACGGUUCCGGCCAUGGCAAUGGCAAUGCAGCCUCAGCUAAGUCUUCCUCCGACAGUUCCGGCCAUGGCAAUGCACUUAAGUUUUCCUCCGUCAGUAAUUCCGGCUCAAACUCCGCCACCGCCCCUCCCACCACCUGUUCGACCAGCGGCCACGGCGGCU